AGAUUCAUCUAUCGCAUUCUCACUGUUGUGAUGAGGGACCGUCAGCGUGCGAGAGUACUUGGGAGACUCGGCGGUCAUGGAGUUCAAAUGCUGGUUUGUCCUCAGGAACGACGCUCCUGUCACUGGGCCACUUGAGUUCUCCAGAGAUGUGUUUGACAAGUUCACUCUCGCGCCCACCGUCAAAGAACUGUUUGCUCUUUUACACAGCUCUGAUACAAAGUUUGAGGAGACGGGUGAGAAAAAGCCAGAUGGAUCCUCAUCAGAAGCAAAGACUGUUAAGUGUAAUGAAGAUGCAGAUGUCAGUAACAUCCUUGCAUCAGAGGAGCCCUUGUCUGAAUGCAAACCAACCAAAGCCAAACCUGUGAAGAGAACUGCGACUCCAGCGUUCCCUGAGCCCUUAGUGCCCUACCCCUGCUUUUCCACCCUCAAUGCAAAGAAUCGCAAGCUAUAUCUCAACAUGCUCAUCCACAAGAAUUAUUCCAGAGCUUCCAAGUGUUUGUUGGAGCUGGUGAAGAACGAGGUAACAGAGUUUAUGAAAUACCUGCAAGAUGUUUCUAGAGCAUGUGCUGAUGGGUACAACUAUAUGCCACCAUGCAGCACCCGCUACACUGAGGAAUAUUUUGCAGCCUGUUUGGAACAUGUGAAGAGUUACCCACAGGUUUACAGCAUUCAAGAGAUUACUAGCCUAACCAAUGUAAAGUUUGUGGGUGAAAUAUCGCUCAUCUUUGAGAAACAGCUUCUUGCUAUGGGUAAAAUAGACAUGCUAGACACAAAAGUGAUACCAGAAAACACCCAGCUUGCUGUAGACUAUGAGACCGUGUCAAAUGUGAUUCCUCCAGCUAAAAAAGCAACUUUAGGACACACUGUCAUUAGCAAUGACAGUAAUGCGGAAAAACUCUGCGCUACUUAUGAGCCACAAGUGUGUUUAUCUAAAGAGGCCUUCCUUCAGCUCCUGAAUAACAGCUUUGAGUUCACGGAAGUGUGGGAGCUGCCCAUUUGGGUCAAAAUGAAUCCCAUGAAAGGCAGCAGUCAGAGUAAGACGGCGUACAUCGAUCCUCCUCUGCUGAAGACAGAGAUGAGCUGGAGAGAGAGGAGUCUGCUGUUUCAUGAAGAGAGCGUGAAGCUGGCAUUCAAGAAGACUGUAUCACGUCCUGUGUUUUUCCUCACUUCAGAAGAGCUCUCUGUUCAAAUGGAGCCUCCUCCUGAGGACAAGAUGUCUAGGAGUGUGUUUGCAUUUGAUGAUGCUGGUAUGGAUUUUGGGACUGAUCUAACAGACCUGGAGUCAUUUGGGGAGUCGUACAAGCCCAGUAAGAAAGUGAAGGAACAGAGUGAACCAAAAACAGCUUCUACAAAUCCAACCGCAUCUCCGUCUCAAUUUACCCCAAGCCCCAAGAACCCGACAGACUCUUUAGGUACAACAAAGCACACCUCAACAUCUCAAGACGCUCCCACAGAACACCUUGAGUUGACCGUGGCUAAGGUCCAAGGGGAGACCGACUCUUUGGCUGAUGGAGGAAACGGUACGCUGAAUGAAAGUGCCAUUUCAGAGAAGGAAAGUGUGAUUGAAGAUUCAAAAGAGAAGAUAGAAACAUCUUCUGCUCAGUGUCCUCCCACCAAGCGGCCCAGACAUAUGAUGGAAGACAAGACGGACCAGGAUUUGGAUUCUGAUGAAGAACGACUAGUUAUAGAUGACAUUCUCUCCCCACAGAGACCUCAGACCCAGGUGACACCAGCAGAGGUGUCCUCCCCCCAAGCACCCGACCCAGUCACGCUAGGACCCACAAUCCCUCUGGGCAAAGGAACAAAGAAAGGCAUCAAAAGACCCAGAAUAUCCGGCGAGUGCGAUCAGCUCGGACAGAUUUUGCGGAUGCAGGACGCCAUGCUGAAAUCCACUCCCAGCAAGAACCAGGAGCCUGUGAAGCCACAUGUCCCAGAAGACAAACCUCCAGAAGCUAAAACCCAUUCACUGGUCAAGCAGUGUGUGACCUCAUAUCUGGAGUCCAGAGAGGGACAGGGAGAGGACGCCACACUGCCUGCUGACGUUCCUGUGCUGCUAGCCACUCAAAGAAAACGUCUUCUAAAGGAGGAUCUUCAGGUCAGUGCUGAGGAUGAGAUGGACUACGAUCCUCCAGCAGAGGGCAGCGUUCUGUACAAACUCUACAGCCUGCUGGAUGUUCUACUCAUGGUGCGCAGCAGUGUGGACCUCGCUCACCCCAGACACGACACAGACACCUUCAGGGCUGUUCCGGUGCAUGUUUUACCCAAGCUGGAGUAUCAGCUGUGCUACGGAGCCGAGAAUCUGACCCACACAGAGGUUUGUCAGCUGUGGGCCGAGAAACUUCUGCACUCCAGCACCGUGUCCUUCAUAAGUCGCAUCAAUGCACACACAUCAGAAGUGGCGCAGAUGCAGACUUUGCCUGACGACUGGAUUCAGAACGUUACCUGCGACUUCAAGUGAACUAGAUAUUUAAACAGA